UCUCUCUGACCUUCACAGGCCACAGGCUAUGGGAGAAUGUGGAGGAUCCCAGGGAUAGUUGCUCCUGUACAGGGAGGAGCAAGCCAGGAUGCUGAGGUUUUCCCCUUGUCCUGUUGCAGGCCCAGCUGAGCAGCGAGUGGGCAUUGUGGGAGGACAGGAGGCAUCUAGGAGCAAGUGGCCCUGGCAAGUGAGCCUGAGAUCAAAGUCCAACUACUGGAAACAUAUCUGCGGAGGCUCCCUCAUCCACCCACAGUGGGUGCUCACUGCAGCACACUGUGUGGGACCGAACAUCCGAAGCCCAGAGCGCUUCCGGGUGCAGCUUCGUGAGCAGCAUUUAUACUACGAGGACCAACUCCUGCCUGUGAACCGGAUCAUUGUGCACCCCAACUACUACUUGGCUCAGACUGGGGCAGACAUUGCUCUGCUGAAGCUCAAGGACGCUGUGAAUGUCUCCACCCAUGUCCAGCCCAUAUCCCUGCCUCCUGCCGCGGAGACCUUUCCCACAGGGACAUCAUGCUGGGUGACAGGCUGGGGUUACAUUAAUAAUUCUGUGCCCCUCCCGCCGCCCUAUCCCCUGAAGGAAGUGAAGGUGCCCAUUGUGGAAAACAGCCUCUGUGAUCAGAAGUACCACGCUGGCCUCUACACAGGGGACAACAUUCGCAUUGUCCGUGAUGACAUGCUAUGUGCUGGAAGUACUGGGAAGGACUCCUGCCAGGGUGACUCAGGGGGGCCGCUGGUCUGCCAAGUCAAGGGUGCCUGGCUGCAAGCAGGUGUGGUCAGCUGGGGUAAGGGCUGUGCAAAGCCCAACUAUCCUGGCAUCUACACCCGGGUGACGUACUACUUGGGAUGGAUCCACCGCUACGUCCCUAAGAAAUCCUGAGCUGCUUCCAGGUCAGAGGAGAACCAGGCCCUAUUGUCUUGAACUGGAUGCUUCCUGCCCAGGUGGAACCUCCACCUUCCUGUCCUUCUGCCUCCCCUGUCCCUCUGAGCCCCUGGCCACCCCCAUCCCCUCUGCUUCCCACCCCAGAUGACCGCACAGGGUACUCAUUAAAGCACAUGCAAACAGC